AUGAAUCACCCUUCGCGCUCCGCGACCCCGGAGUCCGUGCUCGCCAAUAGCCUCCAUCGCGCAACGACGAAUAUCGAUGAUCUCACUCAAGCUCUCGCUGAUUUCUCGCGGCUGCCGUCACCGGAGCCGCCUCUGGCCUCAUGCUGCUGCGGGAGGGAGGACUGCGAACAUGCGAAGGCGUGGGCAGCACUGAAGGCGCGACUGGAGAGCAGGCUCAUCCUGAGCGCAGAGGUCGGGCAAGCACUCUUGCAGCGGCACGAAGCAUACGUCCGCGAAGAGGCGAGUGACUUGACGUUGAACGCCGAUCUACCCCUUACCCCAUCGCUCCCUAAAGAGGCGACACACCACGGAGGACCCCGCGGACGUAACCAUGACCCAGCAGUCCGCCGACUCGCAGUCGACCGAGACAUCGAGGUCGGUCCUAGAAGCGUCAAUGCUGAGGUCACGGAAGCGUCAAACAAGGCCCUACUUGAAGAAGUUGAUGACGCACGCGCAACCAUAUCCCGCCUCACCGGCUACCAAGCGCGAUCAUUGGGAUGGGAAACCAAGGUCGCUGCCGCGCAAAGGGAGCGUGACGACAUGCAGCAGGAACGCGAUGGCGAGUCUCAACGCGCUAGGCUUGCGGAAUCCCGCUUCAAUGCCCUGAAGGAGAAGACCAAGAAGCUCCAAGCUGAGCUAAGACGGGUUCAAGAGGAACUCGAGGAGAAGCGAAUGCAUCGGUUGGAGACCUCCGAAUCCCUCAUACAGGACGCUCGUUCGCGAAUACAUAGCUUCCAGCAGUCUUCGCAGACGAGAACAACCCAAUCACGCGAAGCCGAGCACGAAGAGAUGACUAAAGUUCUGGAAUCUCUCGUCAGCGACAAUGAGAUCCUGAAGCGGGACAAUGCAGAGCUGCAGCGGCUGCUGGCUGAGUCGCGAGGAGACCUGCAUAACUUGCAAGAGGAGCUCGAAGAGCAGAAGGCCGCGUACCCGUCACGAGCACCUACACCGCUGCGACAUCAGCACACAGGGAGUAUGCCGACGAAUAACUUCAAGGACUUCAUCAUGCGAGGGAACCGUCGUAGCGAAAGCGCUGAUCGCAGAUCGCGACGCUCUUUUGAACCCCUAACACCGGAAACCUCACGUUUCCCCCUCCCUAACGAGCCUUCCACCCCAUUAUCGCCGACGACCCAAAUUCGCGUUCCGUCAAAUCUGGCACUUGAAGUGGACGAGGAUGAUAUCGACGAGGACGACGAUGAACGAUUCCGAAGCCGCAAACCGCUGCUUCUGCUUACCAGGUCUCGUGGCGUCCAGACCGAUGCUUGGCCCACCUAUCUUGCACCUAGCGGGAUGACCUCACCCUCACCUCACGACCCUCGCUCUGAGUCCUCAUCCUUCUCCGAGUCGACCGCAUCUACGCUGGGUGUCUUGUUCGACCGCGUCUCCACCCUCUUCAACCGCAUGACCCAGGCCGAUGCCCUCACGCUGACCAAUCGGCUCAAGCGCCAGCACCUUCGCGGCGCCGACGUCGGCCACCUCUCGCGCACGACUGUCAACGCGAUUGUGCAUGACGCGGGCAAUCUUCGCGCACAUUUCCGCGCUCUCCUCGAGGACGAGAAGGCGGUCGUGACAUGCACGCGCAAGGACCUGCGCGUGCUGUUCAAGCUCGUGAGGGAUAUGUUCGGCGAGCUGGGCGAGCUGAGGGUUGCGCUCAAUGAGGUGAUCUUGGAUCCCGGGUGUGCGCAGAGGGUGAGCACGAAUGCGCUAGACCCGAGCAAGGCAGAGAGGGAUCGGCAGGCGUCAGCGGGGGCUGCGUCGGGGGCUUCGGGGUGGAUUGCGCCAAUCUCGAAGCUGUUUGGCGCGCCGACGCCAAGUACGGGCCCGCCGGAGCGGGUUGUUUCUCCGCUUGCACGAUCGAGCAGUCAGCUCCGACCACGAAUCGUCCCGAAGCUCAGUCCUGCGACAGCUACCGCAUCGACGACUGUCAACGUUGAGUUUUCGGGCUCUGGCGUUGGGCGAAGCGUCACGUCCAGCUAUGCGCCAUCACCCGCUAUUGCCCCUCCGGGUGGCAUGCUAGGCCGCCAGCGCUCAUCCGGCCCGUCACACCUGCACAUAUUUGCGGGUGCACCCGAGCCAGCGAUCAACACGCCCGACUCGUGGGUCGUUGUGCCGAAGGGCGGGUCCAUGAGGGAGCCGGGGACGCCUGCGUUCCGGCGACCAGCGCUGCCGGGAAUGGGCCACUCAGAGCAACCGCAACAUCGCCUCUCGCGCAACGUCGACGCCGUGAUCGACAUGGAGACUCCCGAGCAGCCCACCCAGCAGAGCCCAGUCUCAGGCCCGGGCGAGGGCAAGGAAUCCGACGACGUCCUCGCACCACUAAUGGCCCGCCGUCUCCGACGCCGCGGCCUCUCAGACUCCUCCAUCCACUCCACCUUCCUCAGUCAAGCGCCCGCGCCCGCACCCUCAGAAGAGCAAGACCCACCACCACAAACGCCCACCGAGGGCGGCUUCGGCGGCUCGAGCGUGCUGCGCGCGCUCAGCCGGCGGGUGCAGAACUUCCGUGCGGGCACGCUGAGCGCGUCGCCGCCCGUAGCAGCCCCAGCGAUGGGCUCCCGGUCCGUCAGCACGAGCUCGGCGGCGACGGCGUCGACCCCGACGAGUCCACACGGGGGCGGUGGGCUGAGUGACCUGCUGCCCUCGCUGAGUGCGUGGAGCGCUGCGGUGGAGGGGCCGGAUGGGCUGCUGACGGGGCACCGGGAGCGGUUGUGA